AUGGCAUUAGAGUCAAGCACAGAAGUUUCUUUGGUUCCACGCCGCAAAAUAAGAAAACGUCGCAAAAUGAGACAAGAAAACCCAGAAGAGGAUCCAAUUCAGUCUCCAUGUCGCAAAAGAAGAAGAAAACAUCCUGAUGAACCUGAACCAGAACCGUCCUAUGAAUUCCUCAACAAAAUCCCUCAUGCUAUUUUGUUGGAGAUCCUUUAUCGACUCCCUUGCCGAACUGCUCACCUAUGCAAAUCCGUUUCAAAGCGCUGGUAUUCACUUAUUUCCAAUCCUUCCUUUGCUCGUGGCUUCAUUCACCACCGCCGCCGCCACUCAGACUCAGAGCCCUUUAAUCUUCUGUAUACGGUACGGUAUUAUACGGGUUCACCUAAGGAUAAAAUCCAGGUUCUUCCAUUCAAUAGUUCUGAGUUGUGCUUUAAUGGAAAAUAUGGAAAUAACAUUCUCAACUUUCUUCCUUGUUUCAAACGAGGAAGAUUUUAUAAGAAUGAUUUUGGCAUGGCAUCGUUCAACGACUUAUUGCUAGUACACAACAGAGUUACAUCGGUCAGGAAGAAGGUAGGCUUUUGCGAGUACUAUAUCUGCAAUCCGCAUAACAAACAAUGGUUCAAGCUCCCUCGCUGCAGUUCACACUCUCUCAUCAGAACCAAUAAGGUUGGCUUUAUUUGCGAAGCCUACGAAAAUGCGCAUUACAGAUAUAAGGUUGUACUCAUUCAUUCUCCCAGUGAACCCAAUACUACUCAGUUACAUAUGAGGGUUUUUUCUUCUGAGAUUGGUAAAUGGUGCAAGUCUGUUGUUUCGUCGCCGCGGGGAUUAAAUCCUUUCAAGAGAAAAUUCGAGUGUGCUGGUAGUGUUGUUGCUUGUAAUGGGAUGCUGCAUUGGGUGGAUACAGAAGUAAAUGGAAUGAUCAAAGGCUUUGUGGUGUUCGAUCCAUUCAACGAUGCAAAACGAUGCCAUUAUAUCGAUUUACCCAUAAACUUUUCCCCUCAAGAUGAAUUCUCCUUCGUAGUCCCAGAUGAUUUCUCCUUUGGAGUGUUUCGAGGGCGCCUUCGUAUAUUGCACAAUCCUCGGGCUCAAUUCAACCAUACUUUCAGCUUUUAUGUUUGGGAACUCGAGGAUUACAAUAAUGCAGGUACAUGGUGCAUGAAGCACGAAGUUUGCUACGAAAACAUGGUUUUUGAAGAUAACCUUUCUAGGCAUGUUGGGUUAGCAAGGAAUUUCCGCUAUUCAAUGGUGAAGUUCCUAGCUUUUCACCCAGACAAUGGUGAAAUUGUCUUCUUUAAAUUCCACAAUUACCAAGUCAUGUGCAACGUUAACAUGCGGACAAGGGAGUUGAAAAUGGCUGGCAAACUAAAUUGUUCACAACGGGGAAGUUUAUCUUCUGCAUUCUUACUUCCGCAACCAUUGUGGCCAACACCGGUUCCUCCACUCCCAUUGCAAUUUGAAUGCUCUAACAAUUGUUAG